AUGUGGCGUAUUCAGGCUAUGGCUGCUAACAGGAGGAGAAGGAAUGGAAAUGGUGAUGAUGACAUCGUGGAGGCUAUUCACUGGAUGGUGGAUGCGAUGCAGCCACCUGUAGCAGCGCAGCCCAGAGCAGUGAUUGCGUCGGUCAGGGUGCCAACUAUGGAGGAUUUCCUACGACACAAGCCAGUAAAGUUCACUGGCAAAGCCUCUCCUGAUGAAGCAGAUGCAUGGUUCCGCAAAUGUGAGAAGAUAUUCAAUGUGAUGAACUACGCGAAUGAGAAGAAGCUCCUUUUUGCCACCUAUCUACUGAAUGAUGACGCCGAGUAUUGGGAUGAAUGGAGGUCUCUAAAGUUUGAGCGAGGACACAAACAUGAGCUAAAGAAGGUGGUAACGCCUUUGACAGAAAGAAGAUUCCCAAUCUUGGUGGAACAGGCCAAGAGUGUUGAGCACCUGGAGAAGGGUCCUGGUCCCGUUGUUCGACAUCAGGGGAAUGUCGCAGAGGCUAGACAGAUGAAGAAGCCUUACAGCCGUCUUCCUACCACCUCUGGAGACUUUAAAUGCUUCCAAUGUGGGGGAGCGCACUUGAAGAGGAAUUGUCCUAAGUUGAAGAGUCAAACCAGUGGACAAGGGAUCAGUCCUUGUUGCUUCAUAUGUGAUGAGGUUGGGCAUUUUUCUAACCAAUGCCCAGAAAAGAAGACCAGUGCGACGAAGAAACCAUCACCUCCUAGAUCAGAGAGACCUAAAGUUGCUGGAAGGGUCUUUGCUAUGACCUCUACAGAAGUUACACAGUCAGGUAAUCUCAUCAUGCAAUCUUGUUUACUUGGGGGGCAUAAUGUACUUGUAUUAUUUGACUCUAGAGCAACGGAUGUGUGGCGAAGAUGA